AUGAAUCCGUUUCCCAGCACGCCCACGCCGCGACGGUUCUUGCUGCCCGGGCGAUCAACCCAGUCGUCGUCGUCGUCGCAAACGCCGGGUGCGCCUCCGCGAUUUCAGGUCACGCCGCGGUUUGGUUCGUCUUCGGCGGUCAAGUCGGCGCAGCGGAGGGAGCUUGAUAUCGAGGAGUCUGAUGAGGAGGAAGAGGAGGAGGUUGUGUAUGAGUCGAGUUUGUCAGGGGAUGAAGGGGGGCCUCUGGGUGGUGGUUCACGACGGCGUGUGCUUGAGAUUGAGUCUGAUGCCGGGGUUGCUUCGCAGGAAGAGGAUUUUCCUGGAGACGAAGAUGGCAGAACAAGAGCUCCUUUGCGCUUCGAUAUUGAGGAGUCUUUUGAUACAGAGAUGGGGAGGGAAGCCAAGAGGCGCAAAAUGUCCAUCUCCCCCUCGUCGGUGCUUGGGUCUCCGGAUGCGGGGGAUGCAGAAGAAGCUACACUCGGACACCACAAUGACGAUGCCGACGCGGAUAUUGAAGACGGAGCAUCGGUGAUGAGCACAAACAGCAGCAGCAGCAGCAGCAGCGAGGCUUCGCCCAUAACGAUGCGCGGCAACUCCAAAGUCCCGCGGCAGCCCGUCUUUCAGCAGGCGCCGCGCUUCAAAGCCCUCGACGCCGAAGAUACGCUGAGCGGAGGUCUUCCGGCGGCGUUCUCGCCGCAGAGGAGAGGAGCGAG